CACUGUUAAAAUCAAAACGAAACCCACAUGCGCAUCAUAGAGCUUGUCAGUCUGUUGGAUUAUAUUCUCACUUGGGAUCUCCCUCUUCCCUCCAUCCUCUACCCUCUGCAUUCAAUUUAGAACCCCCGAGAAACCCUCGACAAACCUUCUCUUCAAGAAAACCAUGUCUCUCUCACUAAACCCCACCUCUUUCUCCUUCUUCCUUUUCUCCCUCUACUUUCUCUCUCUCCCCGUCGGAACCUCCUCGCUUCCGGUCGUUGGCAUCACCUACACUCACGACCCCCGCCACGACCACGACCACACCCCACCAAGCCAUGUUGCCUCCACCGUCCAUUCCCUCAAACUCUCCGCCGUACGGCUGCCCGAAUCUGACCCUUCCGUUGUCCGAGACUUCUCCUACUCCAACAUCUCCCUCCUCCUCAACAUCCCCAACUCCUUGAUUCCGGCCAUUGCCUCCAACCGUUCCAAUGCUCUCCGGUGGCUCUACCACCACGUUAUACCCUUCUAUCCACGCAGCAAAGUGUCCACCAUAUCCGUCGGCAACGACAUUCUGGAUACCUCCUCCGACCUCGCCGAUUUUCUCCUCCCGGCGAUCAGGAACGUCCACUUGGGACUACGGGAUCUUGGGAUCCAGAAGAUAUCUGUUUCCACCACCUUUUCUUUCAUCAACAUCAUGACGACGUCGUUUCCUCCUUCGGCGGCGGAGUUUCAAGAACCGGUCUCCGAGUUACUGAUAAAACCACUUCUUCAGUUCUUGGACGACACCAACUCUUCGUUCUUGGUCAAUCUGUACCCGUACAAUGUGUACCGCUUGAACUCCGAGAUCCCCAUUGGGUUCGCUCUCUUCCAACAACACCCCUUUAAUUACCGUGACGAUCUCACCACCGGAGUCCGAUACCGGAACUUGUUCGAUAUGAUGGUGGAUUCGGUGAUUAGCGCAAUGGCGGUGGCAGGCCAUGAGAGUAUCCCAGUGAUAGUGACGGAGACUGGGUGGCCUAGCUCCGGCGACGCCUCGGAAAUUGAUGCCAGCCCGGCUUAUGCAGAGAUGUACAUUAAUGGUCUGGUGACCCAUCUGAGCUCGGGUCUUGGUACACCGCUGCGGAGAGAGGGGGUGGCGGAGACUUACAUAUAUGAGCUGUUUGAUAGAGAAACGAGGCAGGGCACUGAUUCCGGACGACAUUGGGGGAUCAUGUAUCCCAACAUGACAAGGAAGUACAAUAUCCCGUUCUCUGGUUCAGUUAGAACUGGUUAUAGCAGAGGUUGGGUGAGGAUGGUGGGAGGGCUUUUCACCAUUGUUGCUCUAUGGCUGUUGCAGUAG